UGUUAUUAUUAUUAUUUUAAUAACAUUAUGAUGAUUUUUUGCCUCAUCUAUUGAUGUGUUGACGCAUUUGUUUGCUAGUAUAAAAAUUAUAGGCUUUAUGGGCAUCCACGGAAUCCAUUACAUGGCACAAAUGGUAGUGAAAAAAUUUCAGGUUUCAGUUUUUAUUUGACCAAUACUUACGGUAGUCAAUGUGAGAUAUAUUUGUAGAAUGAUUAGAGGUAGCUAGGGAAUGAUUGUCCACGGACCGGGCUAGAAUAUGAUAGUCACCAGAAAAUAAAUUUCUGCAUGCUAAAAAUACAAAUGAUCACAGAACCAUUUUGAUAUUAAGUUUCUCCACAAGAGAGCCAUUUAGAUAUACAUUACACUGUGAAUCAUAGCUUUACACGACAUAAAUGUUAAUAGCUAUCGAUGGCUGAUGGAAAAAAUUGUGAAUUUUUGCACAUCAGAUCCCUGCCCCUAAAUAAAAGAAUGAUGAUUAAAACAUAAAAAUAAGACAACCUCUACAUCUUUUUUUAAAACAGACUGUGCUAAAAAAAGGCCUUAUAAAACGCUUCUUGUUUGGUUUACCAUGCAUUCUUGUGUGGAUAUGGUCAUACUUUUCCCUCCCUCUCUAAUGGUGGAUCUUCCUCAAGUUUUCGGCUUAACCUCCUUUCGAAACCUCUGUAAAUUUUACAAAUCUCUUAUCAAAAAAUGGUCUCGAAGCAAAAAUUCAUCUGCAAAUGAAUCCCAAGUUGAACCCGAUAUAGAAGCUCAAAAGGACCAUGCAGGCGAUAAUAGACUAGAGGAAGAGUCUAUGAAUGGAGACCACAAUCAUAGACACAAAGGAGAGGGCUUGGGAGGAAAUGGCAGUACCACUAGUCAUAGGGGUUCCCACAAGCAUAGAAGCUCGGACAAUGGCUUUUCUUCCACACCUUCUCCUUCCUCAAGAAGUGCAAGCCGAAAGAGUAACUCUAACACCCCAAUAAAAAGUAAUCUGUUUAGAAGCUCGAGCAAGAAAAGCACACAAUCAAUGCCCUCUUCUACACAUAUGGGUCGCAAAGGCAAAGACUCAACACCCUCUCCUUCUGUCCUAUCAAGAAAUACAAGUCGCAGCUCUAACUCCUCACGCAUCAUGUAUUCAAACUCAUCUGGGAUGUUAAAACCCCCACCAAUCGAGAAGAAGCUCGAGUGCACGCUUGAGGAGUUGUGCUAUGGAAGCACCAGGAAGGUCAAGAUCACAAGAGAAAUCGUUACAGACACCGGGCAAAUAACUCACGAAGAGGAAUUGCUAUCGAUAAAAGUGAAGCCAGGAUGGAAAAAAGGAACGAAGAUCACAUUUGAAGGAAUGGGAAACGAGAGACCUGGGGCUCUUCCAGCAGACAUAACUUUUGUGAUUGCAGAGAAACGACACUCCAUGUUUAGUAGAGAAGGCGACGAUUUGGAGUUAGCAGUAAGGAUCCCCUUAAUAAAGGCACUUACAGGCUGCAAACUCUCUAUCCCUCUAUUAGGUGGGGAGAAGAUGUCAAUGACAAUUGAUGAUAUCAUAUACCCUGGCUAUGAAAAGAUCAUUGCUGGCAAGGGCAUGCCAAACCCCAAAGACCAUGGAAAGAGAGGAGACCUCAAAAUUACAUUCCUAGUUGACUUUCCAAAAGAACUAACAGAUGAACAACGAUCUGAUAUUCUUAGUAUUCUACAGGAUUCUUCUUGAUCAAUCAUUUAUAGUUUUUUCCCUAUAGGAAUCAAGGAUCAUGUUUGCCUUCAUAUGUUUUGUUUAAACAGUUAUUUUCAUGGGAGAUAGGUUGGCCAUCAAGUAUACCUCAUUGUAAAAUAUACCUAGAAGCUUGACAAUGUAAUCAUCCAAUAAACACUAGAUGUUCAGUUUUGCAUCUCCCUGAGCCAAACUGGUGCUUGGUUAAAGAAUUUGAGCGUUUUAAUUUGAACUGAAUUACAAUUCUGACGA